CGGGCUCCCCCUAGAGGCUACUUUGCGGUCCUGCUACGAGACGCUGGCUCGGGACUUUCCGGGGGGAGCCGGGAGUUGUAGUCUACGGAAGAUGGCUGCCGCCGGGAGAGGCACGCCGGGAAUUGUGGUCCUAGGGAGGGGCGGUUGGCCCACAUUCGGUUCCCGCCUCACCCGCAUGGCGGCUGCGUCUCGCGGCUGCCGGCCCUGGGGCUCGCUCCUCGGGUUGCUGGGGUUGGUCUCAGCCGCGGCCGCCGCCUGGGACCUGACUUCGCUGCAUUGCCACUUCGGCAGCUUCUGCGAAUGUGACUUCCAGCCCGACUUUCAGGGUCUGGAGUGUGACCUGGCCCAGCACCUGGCUGGCCAGCACUUGGCCAGGGCAUUGGUGGUGAAGGCACUGAAGGCCUUCGUGCAGGACCCAGCCCCUACCAAGCCACUGGUCCUCUCCCUGCAUGGCUGGACAGGCACUGGCAAGUCCUAUGUCAGCUCCCUGCUGGCACACUACCUCUUCCGGGGUGGCCUCCGCAGCCCCCAUGUUCAUCACUUUUCCCCCGUCAUCCACUUCCCCCACAACAGCCAUAUGGAGCGUUACAAGAAAGAUCUUAAGAGCUGGGUCCAGGGGAACCUCACAGCCUGCAGCCGCUCCCUCUUCCUCUUUGACGAGAUGGACAAGCUGGCCCCAGGCCUGAUGGAGGUCCUGCUACCCUUCCUGGGCUCCUCCUGGGUUGUGUUUGGGACCAACUAUCGCAAAGCCAUCUUCAUCUUCAUCAGCAACACUGGUGGCGAGCAGAUCAACCAGGUGGCCCUGGAGGCGUGGCGCAGCCGCCGGGACCGGGAGGAGAUCCGCCUGCAGGAGCUAGAGCCCGUCAUCUCCCAGGCUGUGCUGGACAACCCGCACCAUGGCUUCUGGCGCUCAGGCAUCGUGGAAGAGCAUCUCUUGGACGUCCUGGUGCCCUUCCUACCAUUGCAGCGGCACCACGUGCGGCACUGCGUGCUCAACGAGCUGGCCCAGCUGGGCCUGGAGCCAAGGGAGGAGGUCGUCCAGGCUGUGCUGGACAGCACCACCUUCUUCCCCGAGGAAGAACAGCUCUUUUCCUCCAACGGCUGCAAGACCGUGGCCUCCAGAAUUGCCUUCUUCCUCUGACUCUCCAGAUGGCGUCCUUGCCUCUCCUCGCCUGGGCCAGGCCGUGCAGGAAAGCCCUGCGGCCUCUGCAGUGGGGACCCUUUUCCUGAGCCUCCUGGAGAAUGAGACCCGGAGCCCAAAGUGAAGAUGAGGAGGCGUGCUGGCUAGGCCAUGGGACUGAGGGCCCUGCCGUCUUAACUGGUCUCAGGGCCUCUUGGCCUUUGCUUCCUUCCCUAGAGAAACCACUGGUGACCCCAGAACUUCCGUGAGACGUGACCUUGCCCUUACCCUCCAGCCUAAGCCUUCUCAAGAUGUGAAUUGUAACUCAGGGACUGUGGCUCCUGGCUGCUCUCUCCCUCUGCGGCCUGUUACUCUUGGCUGCGUGCUCUGGCACCGUCCUCUCAACCCUCCAUUGCACACACUGUGUCCCAGUACUGUAAAGCCAGGCUGAGACUUCUCAGUCUUCAUGAACAGAGGGACUCAAGCUGCCACUUGGGCCUGGUUUUUAAAGUUUUUAAUUUUAUAAGAGAACAAACACAAUAAACUUAACCAUGGGACCAGA